AGUCCGUAGCACCUAGCCAUUGGCUCUAGCCAGUCCGGCUGGACAGUCUUUGAAGGAAGAACAGUUUCGCCAGCUGGCCAUGGGAAAGGUCAAGCAAGUCCGCCGCCGCCUGGCGAAUUUCUUCAACUGGCGCGUGAGCGUCACGCUGACAGAUGGCCGAGUAUUGGUUGGUGUGCUCAUGGCCGUGGACCGCCACGUAAACCUCGUCCUUUGCAACACCGAGGAGUACCGCAAGUAUAAGGUCAAGGGCAAGCCCGAGGGCAAGGAGCUGAAACGCAUGCUCGGCUUCAUCGUGCUUCGUGGCACAAACGUCCUCUAUGUGCAGCCGGAGGAGAUGGGCAAGGACGAGCUCGUUGAGACGGACAAACCGAGGAAAGUCAAGGCGACGGCCAAGGCACCGGCCAAGGCGGCGGCGCCCCCGGGCCUGCCUGGCCUGAUGGGCGGGUUGCCGGGUCUCCCGGGGCUUCGUCCCGGCAUGCUUCCAGGCCUUCCAGGCGGCUUCCCGGGCUUGCCCGGCAUGCGGCCCGCAGGCCUCCCAGGCCUCCCGGGCCUCCCCGGCCUCGGUGCCCUACCCGGCAUGGCCGCGCUUGCGAAGCCAGGGGGUCUGCCCGCCAUGCCAGGAUUGGGCGGCAUGCCAGGCUGUGGUGGCUCCAUGCCAGGGCUCGCUGCCAUGAUGGCCAAGGCGGGCAUGCCUGGCAUGCCUGGCAUGCCUUCGCCGCGCCCCUGAUUUGGCGGGGCAUUUUGAGUAGCGGAUGAAGGCAAUCCAGCAUUGCGCACGUAGUGACGUAGUGGUGAGAGCGACUAGCCGGUUGCUGGUGGCGGGAGCGGGCGGCUUUGUCGGUGCUCCUCUGACUGAUUGUGAGACCACAUUCAUGGAUGCUUAUAAACAGCUCUGCUUUGCGCAUGCCGAGUUCUGGAUGAGGUGUGUGUGUGUAAGUCUCAACGAGAAAGCCCCCG